AUGAGGAGAGGAGUCCCUGCAGAAUUCCUGCCGCCACCCGCUCAGCCUCCCCCACUCAAAGACACACGCGGGAGUGAGCGAGAGGAGGAGGAGGCGGCUGUAGCUGCUGGCGGGGUCUCUGCUGGCGGUGUAGCUGCUGGCGGGGGUCGCUGCUGGCGGGGUCUCUGCUGGCGGGGGUCUCUGCUGGCGGGGUCUCUGCUGGCGGGGUCUCUGCUGGCGGGGUCUCUGCUGGCGAAGUCUCUGCUGGCGGGGGUCUCUGCUGGCGGGGUCUCUGCUGGCGGGGGUCUUUGCUGGCGGGGUCUCAGUUGGCGGGGUCUCUGCUUGCGGGGUUUCUGCUGA